AUAUUGGAAGGGAGCUCAUGAGAAAUUCAUGGUUUCCUAAAACCACUCCCAUAAGUCUCCCCAACACCUAAUUAAUCACACUUUUUUUCUUUCUCUUUUUUUCAUUUUGUUCAGAACUUUCCUUUUUUUUUGUUAAAUUGUGCAUGUUUUGUUUAUUAUCAUUGUAAUUAAAAAUAAUAAUAACAACAACAAUUUUAUUAUAAAUAAUAAAAUGUUUGCUCUUCCUUUCUGCCCAUUAAACAAUGAAAAUGGCAUAUUACCAAUCAUCCUUUCCCCUCUGUAGGAAACACUCAUCAUUGCUCCCAACAAUCCUUUUCAACCUUAGAAACCUGAGCUUCUAAGAUAUUCCCUUCUUCUUCUUCUUCUUCUUCUUCUUCAACUUCAACUUCAACUUCAACUUCUUCAACUUCUUCUUCUUCUUUUUCAUUUCUAAUUUUAAUAAUUAUUAUUACUAUUCUAAUGUUUUCUUCUCCAUUUAAAUACCUCUCUUCUUUAUAACCCUUUUCUUCCUUUUCCUUUACUCUUGACUCGGUUUGGUCUCUUUUCUUUUCUUCUUUUUUGUGUUUUGUGCUUGUUUUUGGAUCAUAAAAAUUUGCUUAUUUAUUAUAAUUAUCGAAUGGAUCCUUCUUCUACUGCAAACUCUGUGAAUGGAUUCUACUCAUUCCUUACUCGUGGGAUCGAUGAUCUGGAACGAGUCUACCUCUCUAACAACUUCAUGUCAAUCCAAUUCCUUCAGAGAGCUCUUUCUCUUCUCCGAUCGUUCCAUUCCCAACUCACCCUUCUCGUCCAAAAGCUCCAUUUACCAGUUGGGGACAAGUGGCUCGACGAGUACAUGGACGAGAGUUCCAAGCUCUGGGAAGCUUGCCAUGUUCUCAAGUCUGGGAUAUCUGGUAUGGAGAAUUACUGCUCUUCUGGGUUUAACAUAACUUCCUCUCUCGAUGGUCAUCGCCAUCUCACUCCACAACUCUCUCGCCAGGUGAUCAGGGCAAUAUCUGGGUGUAGAAGAGAGGCGUUGGGAUUGGAAGAAGAGAACAGAGCGCUAAUGGAAACGAGAAUCCAACCCUUGUCGUUGAGGUUCGACGAGAAGGUGUCUAUUGAGUCGAAGCUAAAUGGGUUCAAUGGAUUCAGGGGAGUGCUUUACGCCAUGAGAAACGUUAGCUCGCUACUGCUGAUGAUCCUCCUUUACGGACUGGUGUACUGUUGGCCGGAAUCGAGUUUGCUGAGGGGAGGAGGAGGGUACGAAGGUUGCUUGUUCUUUGGAUCGGCGUUUAUGAUAUCGACGGGGAGGUUGCAGCAGAGGGUUGCGGCGGAGAUCGGACAGAUCGGUGGUCGGCCGGGGAUUCUUUUGUACGAGUUCAGGAGGUCUAAGGCGGCCAUGGAAGAGCUGAGAAGUGAGUUGGAGAGGACGGCGGCGGCAGCGUCGACGACGAGUCAGGUAAUGGAGUGGGAAUCGGAAGGUGGGAUCGGAGAGAGAGUUGAGAACUUGAGAGAUUGUUUCAUGGUGUUGAGAUCUGGAGCUGAAAACAUCGUUGCCCAACUCGAUGAUUUCUUUGAUGAAAUCGUUGAAGGCAGGAAGAAGCUUUUGGACUUUUGCAGCCAUAGGUAGACGAAGAAGAAGAAGAAGACGAAGAAGAAGAAAAAAAAUAUGAAAAUUAAAUUAAAUUUAAAUAUUAAAAAAAAAAAAAGAAGAAGAAGAAGAAAGAUGUUUGUUUAGUAGAAAUGGUAAAAAAAGAAAAAGGAAAAAAAAAUUAUGUACGAAAAAUAUUACAUAUAGUAGUAGUAGUAGUAGUAGAUGAUGAAAAUGAAGAAAAAACCAUAGUUGGGUUGGUUGUACUUUUUUAA